AUGGUAUGCCAACCACCGCCCGGAGAAUCAUACAGCAACUACUUCAAUUUUCGAGCACUUACCACUGGGCAAUCGUCCUCCCUUCUGAACACCCUCACACCUAUCCUUUCUAUCGUUUCUGGAGAUCUCUUCCAGACCAUAACAUCUUUCACCCCAGUCCGGGAUACUAUUGUUGGCGAAUUCAUGGAAAUGGCCGCCCCUGCCCGUCAUCCGCUGAUUGUCCUCAUUGCCCUCCAGAAAUCUAACCUGGCUUAUGCUUCUCUCUUUGAGAAAUCUCUUGGGAGCCUCUCUGCCACUAUGGACAAAAUUCUCCAGAAAAUUUACGAUCUCUGCUCGAGUCGUCGUGAGUGGUUUUACGACGCCUCACGGGUGGAAUUAAAAAAAUCAACCUCUAAUUCUGUGUUGCGUAAACCACCUAACAAAAUAACAUCGUCACAAAAUGAGGGACCUUUGCUCCUUUGCCUCCCCGAGAUCGCCAAAUAUUUCUUCACGAACAUUCAAUCCAGCAAAAGACUCUUGGUCCGAGAAGCUGUGGCUAGCGAUAUAGAAAGGUUCGCUCAAAACCUCAAGCAGAGUCAUAAUUACCGUCUCCAUUGGAAGGAUUGGUUUAUCAUCGAUUGUAAAGCGGUCAGACAACAUUUUUCUAGCAACAUCCAUUAUGGUUCUGAGACUAGCAAUCUCUCUAAUGGAUUCGUCUGGGAAUUUUGGUCCUCGGAGAGCACAAAGCAGUAUCAGGAGUAUGUUACAUAUAUUAUGAUCGGGUUGAUCGGGUUGGGCGUUUAUAUUAUCGGUCAAGCUAGUAUAAUUGAGCUUUUGGGCCCAGAAGACAAAAAAAGGUCAUCCGAGAGUCUCGUUCCAAGCAACAAUGUGUUACCUUCUGGUCAACAGGAUGAAUCUAGUCCGGCUCACGAGGAUUCUGAGUUCGAAUUGUUUCAAGUGAUAUUCGGGAUGGAGCUUCCGGUUGUUCUGCUUUUCAUAUCUUGGCCUUCGUUAGACUCCUCUAGAAUCACAUGCGUGUAA